CGAGGACGUCACCUACGGGCAACUCCUCAAGAGAACAUCCAAUCAAAAAGUUCGAAGUGUCAACAGUAGCCAAUGGUACAGGCGAGAGUUUGGCACGCAUCCAAUCACGGAGCAGGAGGCUGGGCUAAGCGGGUAUAAAUUGCCCGUCCGGUGAGUCUGAAGCGGCUGCCGCCAUGAGCUCCCCGGCCGACUCGCUGCUCAAAUACGACAACCCGGUCCUCGUCAGCACCAAAAGCGAGAGGAAGUCCCCCAAAUCCCGCACCCUGAGACCCAUCGCCCCGGUGCCGCCCCCGCUCACCGCCCCGGUGCCCCCCCCGCUCACCGCCCCGGUGCCCCCGCCCCCGAAGAGCCUCACGCCGGACACCAGCAGGCCCCCCGAGGAGAUCCUUGACGCCGUCCUGCCCCCCCGCCAAUGGACGGAGAGCGAGCAGGCGUGGAUCCAGCGGGUGUCGAGCGCGCCGAGCACGCGCAUGGACGUCGUCCGCCUGCAGGAGGAGCUGGACGCCAAGCUGCAGCAGAGGCAGGCGCGGGAGACCGGCAUCUGCCCCGUGCGCAGAGAGCUCUACUCCCAGUGCUUCGACGAGCUCAUCCGCCACGUGACCAUUAACUGCGCCGAGAGAGGCGUCCUGCUCCUGCGCGUGCGCGACGAGAUCAACAUGACCGUCUCGGCCUACCAGACCCUGUACGAGAGCAGCGUGGCCUUCGGGAUGAGGAAGGCCCUGCAGGCCGAGCAGGGGAAGUCCGACAUGGAGGGCCGGAUCGGACAGCUGGAGCUGGACAAGAAAGAGCUGGAGAGGCAGCUGAACGAGCAGAAGGCCAAGUGCGAGGCCACCGAGAAGCGGGAGGCCGAGCGGCGCCAGGCGGAGGAGAAGAAGCACGCCGAGGAGGUCCAGUUCCUCAAGAGAACCAACCAGCAGCUCAAGGCUCAGCUCGAGGGGAUUAUCGCCCCCAAGAAGUGACCAACCCCACUGGGAGCCCUGACAGAUAACCACUACUCCUUUACACGGUGGACGUGACAGGGCUGUUGGUUACUUUGUUGCCGCGUUUC